AUGAUCUCGAGAUCGUCUCUCGCGCAAACCGCGCAGCAGGCCGUCCGUCGGUCCUGCAGCGUCCAGCCCUUGCAGCGCCGCGGUUUUGCUGCCGCUGCCUCGACGGGAGCCUUCGAGACGGCGGAUGUGUCCGGGUUGAAGGUUGCUUCAAGGGAUGCUCACGGUCCUACUACCAAGCUUGCGGUUGUUGCCAAGGCUGGUACUCGAUACCAGCCUCUGCCUGGUUUGACCAACACCCAACGACGAUCUGCCCUCCGCAUUACUCGCGAGUCCGAACUUCUUGGUGGCCAAUUGAAUGCCUCACAUACCCGAGAAGCCCUCGUCCUCGAGGCCAGCUUCCUCCGGGAAGAUCUGCCUUACUUUGCCGAGCUUCUGGCCGAAGUGGUCUCAAUGACCAAGUACACCACCCACGAAUUCCACGAAGAUGUCGAGCGAGUUCUUCACAUUAAGCAAGCCGCCCUCAAUGCCAACGUUUCUGCCCUCGCCCUGGACAACGCUCACGCCGUCGCCUUCCACAAUGGCCUUGGUGCUUCCGUUUACCCCUCGUCCUCUUCGCCCGUUCAGAAGUAUCUGAACGAGGAGUACAUCGCUAGCUACGCCGAUGUCGUUUACUCUAAGCCCAACAUUGCCAUUGUCGCCGAUGGUGCCUCUACUGAUACCCUGACCAACUGGGUCGGCCAGUUCUUCAAGGAUGUGCCCGCCGCUUCCCAGAGCGGCCAGAGCCUCAAGACUGAGGCUUCCAAAUACUAUGGUGGCGAGCAGCGAACCAGCCACCCCGGUGGUAACUCCAUGGUCAUUGCCUUCCCCGGAUCUGAUGCCGCCGGCUCCAAGCCCGAGAUUGCCGUUUUGGCCGCUCUGCUUGGUGGCCAGCCCACCAUCAAGUGGGCUCCUGGCUUCAGCCUUCUCUCCAAGGCUACUGCUGGAGUGUCUGGUCUCUCUGUCUCCGCUUCUAGCUUGGCUUACUCUGACGCUGGUCUCCUGACUGUCCAACUGUCUGGUACUGCCGCCUCUGUCCGCAAGGGUGCUGAGGAGACUGCCAAGGCUCUGAAGAGCAUCGCCGACGGCACUGUUGGCAAGGAUGAUAUCACCAAGGCCGUUGCCAACGCCAAGUUCAACAUUCUCGAGAAGGCUCAGCUGCGCUCCCCCAGCCUUCUGCAAGCCGGCUCUGGCCUCGUGAACAGCGGCAAGGCUACUGACUUGGCUGCUCUGGCUAAGGGUAUUGAUGGUGUUACUGCCGACAAGUUGAAGACUACUGCCAAGGCCCUCCUGGAUGGCAAGGCCACUGUUUCCACGGUUGGUGAUUUGUUUGUGCUGCCAUAUGCUGAGGAGAUUGGCCUUCGGGUAUAA